ACCUAAGAGUGGUCUCUGACUUACCACUGGCUGCCUCAGCUCAGCCAGGGGCCCCACCUGGCGUUGGAUGUGCUAUGUGCUGUCUAUGCUGAACUGCCAAGGCUAUCUUGGGUGUAGUGCACCUAGGCCAACACCAGGCAGCUGCUGCAGAAUACCCAGGGCCCAACCCAGUGAGGCCAAAUGUGCCCUGCCCCAUACAGCCUCCCUUCCUCCUGGGCAGUUGCCUGCAGCCUUUAGAGCCCCACCCUCACCAGCAAUCAGCAGCAUCCAGCCCCCGCCUACCACAGGAUGUUGCCAUGGAAUCCUCCAGGGGCCAGCAGGCAGAGCUGUGAGCUGGUGACGUUAGGGAUGGGGCACAAUGCAGCAUCUCCUGCCCAUGCAGUAGGCCAGGCCAGCCUGUCUCAAAUGCUCAAACUCUCCCCUUAGACCCCUGCCAGGGUGCAGUAUGUCCUGGAGGCACAGUUCUCCACUGAGCAGGUCUGUGCCAGGAAUCAGCUGACCUUAGAGCCUGACCUUGUGGCCCACAGCUUGUGAGGUCCUGACGUGGGACAGGUUCACGGCAAAUGAAUUUGCCCAGGACCACACAGCAGCACUGUGGUGGCCCCAGUAGGACACUAGUGGGGGCCCUACCCAGCAGGACAGACAGCAGAGGCAUCCUUCCCCUCCCCACUCAGCUGGAAUAGCCCAGGGCUUGGUACUUGGGUCACAGGGCUGGCAAGAGUUGGAAUGAGGACAGAGCCAUGUGGCUGAAGAAUGAGCCACAUGCAGACCCUCCUGGUGGGCAGUGGGCAAUCGCAGCCCACUGGCCUGGACACAAACAGCCAAGGACCCGCUCUGGACUGAGUGAGCCAUCUGGCUCCAGGUACUUGCGGAGAUUUUGGCACCUCAAGCUCCAAAAUAGACAGUACCUGGGAAGACUGACAGGGCAGGGAGUCACCCAUCUGCUCCUGCCUGGGCUUAACCGGAGACAUGCAUUCUGGGAGCCCCUGACCAGUCUGCAGUGAGGCCAGGGCUUGGGGCUCCUCCAGGUCCCUGACCUAAGGCUCUGCCAAGCUGCCUGCUGCUUGUGCAGGUGCCCUGGAGGUGGUGCUGGUGAGACCAUCAGGCUUCUUCCUGGACGUGGUUCAGGACCCUGAGACCUGUAUUUUGGGAAUGUUGAAAACCUUGUGCUCAGCAAAGCUCCAAAGCAGAGCAAGAGCAAACCAGUCCGGGCCCUAGCCCUGCUGCGCAGCCCCCACCGGGUGCGGCCCCUUUAAGUGCUGCCCCCUUGGCUGCCAUUGGGGGCAGUACUGAGCAGCCAGGCCAGGAUCAGCGCUGCUGCCUGGAAGCUUCUGCCGGUGCCCCGGCGCAGCAGUGCGGGGGAUACAGAGGACCGGGCUGGAGCCGGUGCAGCCCACCCAGGAUUCGGGCAACGUCCAGGUAAGAGGCCAGGGUGAACUGCCUAGCAUGCUAUUGUCAAGCAGAAGCUAUCUGAGAGGAUGGGACAUCCCUGCCCCCAACCAGCACAGGCUAGUUCCUGCGAUGGCUGCUCCAGGACAGGCCAGGGCAGGGCUGGGAGGUAAGGAAGGCUGCUUGGCCAUCCGUGUGGGCUCCAGAAGACCCAGGGUCCUGGAGUUGCCCAACGCCACCCCAUCCCCACAGGGAGGGGGUGUCAGAGUCCAGGCCCCGACAGCCGCAGCUGGCAACGCUGGCUGUCACCUCCCUGGGGCGGAGCCUCACACCCUGUCAUCCAGCCUAGAUUCCAGCCUGGCCUUGAGCUUAGGAUGAAAGAGGGGUCUGACUGGUGUGGGCAUUAGCCUGGGAUGGGGACAUAGACUGGACUUAGUGGCCCUAACCCAAAAGCAGCCCUGUGAGCAGAAAUCUGAUGCUCAGCUGGGACACAGUUGACUCUCCACGGCCUGUCCACCUACAGUCCUGCCAGGUGAGGGCAGGGCUAGCCCCUCAUUAAUUCCCCCAGUUUAUCCUGGGGCAGAUGCCCCCCAAGUGGGUGCUGAGUAGGAGGAGGAGGGCUGUCACCUCUUUCUGAGCAUCUCCCCAGCCAGCCUCUGGCCCUGGGGACCUGGAGGCUCUUGUGGCCCAUAUCUGAACCUGAGCCUGGACCCAGCCAAGCCUGCAGCUCAGGGGCUGAAGAACCACAGGUUUCCAUGGAGCCUUUGGGAGUGCAAGGAGGAGGGGGUAGGGCCCUCUCCUGGGAGGCAGUGGGGGAGCUUUCCCCGCCCUCCACCCUGCCUCCCCCCCGCCCCCCCACAGCUGGCAGCCUCCUGGCCGAGUGAGCUAAUUCUCAGCUGAGGAAGAUGGACGCCAUAAGUACAUGGUUCCAUGGCCUGGGCCUGACUUUGAGGCUGCCAUGUAUACACCGGGCGGUGUCCAUGUGCACUUAUGCAAAGCUGGUGGGGGCGAUCUUCAGCCUUCCUUGCCUGUCCCAUCAAGCUUGGUGGAUUUCAGCCACCCUAAGACAGCUGGGGUCAAAGGAGGCCCAGGCAUGCUCUCUGAGGACUUUUUUAUGGCCUGGGCCACUCGGAGUUGAGGACAUUUUUGCUUUGGAUGCUUUGGAUGCAGUCAAGUGUCCCUACCCCUUGAAACCCUGAGUGAGGGGUACUGUGCUCAGCCUGGUCAGCAGGCUAGUGGGGAUGUCUGAGACUUUCUGUAGGACUGGCUAAGGCUAGGGUCCUUGGACUUUCCCUCUCACGUUGCACAACUAAAAGGGUCACUCUGCAUUGGGCAUUGUACACGAAUCUAUACUUGUAAAUCAACUCCAGUAAAGCUGAAAUGAGCCCCAUCAUUCCAGCUGUGGACACCAGAGGGCAGUAGUCCUAGGACCAUUUCCCCACUUUCCUCUCCUACCCACCUGCCUGCUCUGCCAAGAAAGGGGGUUCUGUCUAUCCAAACCUGCCCAGGGGUCACUAGCAAGGAGAGGAAUUCUGCCUAGGGACAAGAAGGCGUGGACCACUGCAGGCUAAGCCCUUCAGGCUGACCUGGCCCACCCCCAUCUGCAGGAAUCUCUAAGGUCAGCAUGGGUACCUCUAAGGCCGGCAUGGAGCAAGCGCCUGCGGCCUUGGCAAAGGCCUGCAGCCAGGGUUGCUUCACUCCCUGCGCCCCAGGGCAAAAGCCCCAAAAGGCCGCGUGAGCUGGAGCCGCCAGCCUGGGGACGUCUUUUAAGAUGACCCGCACGGACCCACCGGACCUGCUGGUGUCGACCGUGUACCAGGACAUCAAGGUGGCGGCCCCGGGGCCAGCGUCCAGGCGCCAGCCAUGUGAGCAAUCCGUGGCCCGGCCUGCUGCGCCCGCGCCUUUCAACAAGCGCCACUGCCGCAGCUUCGAUUUCCUGGAGGCACUGGACGGGCCGGCCAUGGAGGCCCACCCAGAGCCUCCACCCCAGGAGCCCGCUGCUCCGCGCGCGCGGCCCCGAGAAGGCGAACCUCGGCGCCGCGCCCGCUCCAAGAGCGCGCCCCGCGCGCCCCCGGGCCUGGCACCUGCGCCCACCUCGCCGCCCGUGCUGCAGCGCCGAGGCCGGGAGACUCAGCGUGCGAUGCGGGUAGAGGGGUCGCCUCGCCGGGAGCCUGCGUACCCCGCGCUGCGCGCGCUCGCCAACGAACUGCACCCUAUUAAGCUGCAGCCACAACGGAGCGGCCCUGGCCGCAUCACGCCCCUGUGUGCCGCCCCUGGCCGCUGUGCGCCACCAGAGCCCCCCACGGGGCCUGCCCCCCAUGUCCGAUGCCGACUGGACAUCAAGCCAGAUGACGCUGUGCUGCAGCACGCCGCCCGGGGUUCGCGGCCCUGUGGGCCCGUAGACAACACGUCCUGGGCCCGUGCAGCCCCGCAGUUCCACGGCCUUACGGUGCCUGGUCCCCGCCACGUGGCGCUCUCCCGUACCCCCACCCCCAGUGACUUGUACUGUGCGGACCCCCGGGCGCUGUACUGCGACGGGCCCCUGCCUGGGCCUCGGGACUACUCUGAGCGCCGCAGUCAGCCCUUCAGCACACCUCCAGGCCCUACACAAUUCUUCUACACCGAGGAGCCCGAGGGCUAUGCAGGAGGAUUUCCGGCCAGCCCUGGUCCUCCCUUCGAUGGCUACUGCCCUAGGCCCUACCCAUCCGAAGAGACCCGGGGUCCCAGUCCGAGGCGUGGGGGCGGCUACUAUGGAGGGGAAGUGCGCACUUUCCCGAUCCAGGAACCGCCCUCCCGCUCCUACUACGGGGAGGUCCCCAGGGCCUAUGGACUGCCCUUUGGUCCCCGCUACGUUCCUGAGGAUCCUCGGGCCCACACCUUCUACACAGAGGACUUCGGGAGGUACCGCGAGCGUGACGCCCUAGCUCGGACUUACCCGCACUCACGCAACAGCUCAGCCUGGGCCGACUGGGGACCCCGGCCUUACCGCACCUUGCAGGUAGUGCCUCCCUCCGUCCCCGGCCCGCUGCUGGCCUCAUGGCAUGGCGGCACCGGCACCAGCCCGCCCCGGCUGGCCACAGACAGCCGCCACUACUCACGCUCAUGGGACAACAUCCUGGCGCCAGGGCCCCGCCGGGAGGACCCCCUAGGCCGGGGCCGCAGCUAUGAGAAUCUGCUAGGGCGGGAGGUGCGGGAGCCGCGGGGCGCAUCCCCCGAAGGCCGGCGCGCGCCAGUAAUAGUGAACUUGUCCACCUCACCCAGACGCUACGCGGCGCUCUCGCUGUCUGAGACCUCGCUGUCCGAAAAGGGCCGAGCGGGGGAAGGCCUGAGCCGUAACUGGUAUGUCACUCCAGAGAUUACCAUCACCGACAACGACCUGCGCGCCGCCGAACGCCCGACUGUCAGGGGCUGGGAGCUGCCGGGAGGCCGGCCGCGUCUGCCCUCAUCGGUGGCUCCCAUGGGCCCCACCUCUGGCCGCCAGCGCAGCCUAGAGCAGCUAGACGAGCUCAUUACCGAUCUGGUCAUCGACUCCAGACCACCGGCCGGCCAAGCCCCAGAGCCGGCGGCAGAGGGGCUGGGCCGCCAGCUGCGCCGCAGCGCGCUGGACUCACGGCCCACGGGCCCUGGAGCCCCGGCGCUGGCGCCUCCGCGUUCGCCCCCUGCCUCUGCUGGCAGCGUCGAGGAGCCUGCAGGCCCGGGCGAGGCAGCCAACCGGUCUCCAGAACCCAGUGCGGACGAGGACGAUCUGAUGACCUGCUCCAAUGCGCGCUGCCGGCGCACGGAAACCAUGUUCAACGCCUGCCUCUACUUCAAGUCCUGCCACAGCUGCUACACUUACUACUGUUCACGCCUGUGCCGCCGCGAGGACUGGGACGCACACAAGGCGCGCUGCCUGUACGGCCGCGUAGGCAGCGUGUGCCGCCACGUGCUUCAGUUCUGCCGUGACAGCGGCCCCGUGCAUCGCGCUUUCUCGCGCAUCGCUCGUGUCGGCUUCCUGUCCCGCGGCCGCGGCGUGCUCUUCCUGGGCUUCCCAAGUCCUGGUUCGGCCGACAACUUCCUGCGCUUCGGUCUCGAAGGGCUGCUGUUGUCGCCCACUUACCUGUCCCUGCGUGAGCUGGCUACACACGCAGCGCCCCUGGGCAGCUAUGCGCGAGAGCUGGCGGCCGCAGGGCGGCUCUAUGAGCCGGCUGAGUGCUUCCUACUCAGUGUGUCGGUGGCGGUAGGUCCGGGCACCGCGCCUUCCGGGGCGCUCGCUCGGCCGGCGCCCGCGCCUCGCAGCACUGGGCCCACUGUGCGCAAGUUCGCCAAGGUAGCACUGGCUGCAGGCAGUCCGGCGCGGCCGCCCCCCGUGCGGGGCCGUGAGCCUGACAUGGAAACAUUGAUUUUGACCCCGCCGCCAGGCACGGCGGGCCUGGACCAGGAGGGCGAGGCGGGCCGGCGGGCUAGAGAGGUGGCCUUCAUCCACAUCCAAAGGGAGCUGCGGCUGCGCGGUGUAUUCCUGCGCCACGAGUUCCCGCGCGUUUAUGAGCAGCUCUGUGAGUUCGUGGAGGCCAACCGACGUUUCACGCCCACCACCAUCUACCCCACAGACCGGCGCACCGGCCGCCCCUUCAUGUGCAUGAUCAUGGCUGCUUCUGAGCCACGCGCGCUGGACUGGGUGGCCAGCGCCAAUCUGCUGGACGAUAUCAUGUGAGGCUUGAGGACACCACUCAGGCCCUGAUCAGAAUCCUUGCCUAGCCCACUCAGGCCCCGCCCGGUCCACUCAGGGCCGCCCCCGAGCCCCGCCCAACUCACUCACUCCAUCCAGGCCCAGACCAGCCCCUCAUGCUGCUUCUCUUGAGCCCUGCCCCAACAAAUUCCCCCGCUCCCAGCUCCCCCCAUUUUCCCACACCCCACUGUGCUCUCCCAACUCUUUCCUCCCCACAACUCCUCACCGGGCUGCCCAGUGCCCACCUUCCAGAGUCAGCCCUCCGGCCCACAGAGACCAGUCCUCGCCCUAGGUGCUCCCCGCUGGAAGGUGGGGUGGGCCUGAGGACCUCCAGGCUCUGCCUUUUUGCUGAGGGUCACUACUGCACAGACCCUACUCGUGCAAAUGGAUCCAUAUCUGCUCUGGGGCUCUGAUGAAGCCUCUGCUCUCCCUCCCUGCUCGUCCAGGAGCCCGUGAUGACCAAAGUCUAGUAUAGACACUUUAAGCUCACCUCCUGUCUCUGGGAUGUGACUCCCUCAGAGACCUUUCUUCCUGGAGAACACCCUGAUUAGCCUUCGUGCAUCCAUGCCCCAAGUGAGAAAGCUAUGUGUGAGUGCCUAGCCAGACUCUGAGGUGUUGCUCAUCCUGCAGCCUCUCACCUCUGACCACCUUGGUCUAAGUCUUGCAGGAGAGGUUGGAUACUCAGAGGUCUUCAAGCCAAGGGCAAGCCCAACAGCCAGAGGGGAUUUGGGGCAGGAAAAGCAGAGCAUCUGGGUGUGGGCACAUGCCAGGCAAGGGUCCGGGGUCUGCCCAUACUCAACAAGAUGGCCCUAGACAGGUGCCAGAGUAGAACCUGGUGGUGUGCAUGCAAAGGCAGGCCCUAAUUUGGCAGGAGGUCAGAAGCAUGUGCAUAGGAUGGACCAGCUGGGAGGACAGCACAGACGCCUUCCAGGAAGCUGCAUCUACCUGCUGCCAAAGGAAGGACCUGGAAGGUUCAGGGGGAUCCCCAGAUAGUUGCUGGGUAGAGAAAGAGGAGUGAGUUAGCAGCCAAUGGAGUUUCAACUGAAGAGCUAUGUGACAAGCCCGAUGUCAGGUCCCUCCACUGCACGAUUGCACACAGGUCCCAGUGCUCUCACUCUGCUACUCACGAGCUUGGUAUGCCUUGGGGAGCGCACACCCAGACAGCCCUCCGCCGUGCCCUCUCCCCACCACUCUUCCCUUGGGCAUCCUGCUCCGCACCCGGGCUCCAAAGAGGACCUGUAACUGAGAAAGGAGAUAGGCCAGGCGCUGUGCAAGGGCCCUCAUGGAUCCUCUAAUCCCUUCGGAGCCAGAGGAGCGGGUAUUAAGCGCGAUAAAUUGUGAGCCCUGCCUCCGCGCCCUGCUCUCACCCCUGACGGUGUCUCCACCCCGACACCCCUGAGCCCCCGCCCGGGCCUGCGAUUUGCACCGGCCCGGUGCCCCGCUUGCUGCAAUCGCUGCUGCGCCCCGCCACGGGACCUCCGCAUUGGGCCCCGCACCUGAGGGCCCACAGGAACGCCCCUAGACGGGAAUCGUUUCUAGAGGGCGAGCGCUUUCAAACCAAGUAAAAUAGAACUUGAAUGUA